UUAGAACCAUGGAUCGUGCAAGGUUGAAAUUUGAGCCUGCAACUUUUACUCCGCUCCAACGAGAAGCAUGGGAAGCUGAGUCGCCCCGAGGACAGUUAGACUACUUAACAGAUCCUGUGACAGCUGUGUUCUGUGGCCUGAGGACCAAUUCUAAAGGAUGCUCACACACAGACCACUGCAAGAUGCUCAUGAGAGACAUGCAAAGAAGAGAUAUGGAGGCCGGCCUACCAGACAUAAGAUACAAUUUCUGUAUAGGCGGUGACGGAGAGGUGUAUGAAGGAAGAGGGUGGGCCUCAAGACCAUCUCUGCCUUCAAGGUACUCCAAGUGGGUCUCUCAUAGUCUUUAUAUAGCCUUUGUGGGUCCUCUGACAGCAGGAGAGAGUCCCCCACCACUAAACAUGCUUGAUGCGUUCAGAGGCAUCGUCAAAACUGGUAUUGACAGAGGACCAGUUUCAUUCAUCCAGAAGCUUGGCAGAGGAGAUUUGGAGUAUGUUCCCAGAGAAGGUUGGGGUGGACUUGAUGGUCAAAACUACGUCAAAGAAAGUAUCCAACUGACUCCUAUAUCCCAUGUGAGGAUAGUAUCCACAGGAGAGCGUGAGGAUAGGUGCAGCAAUGUAUCCGAGUGUGCACAGGUCCUCCGCAGGAUACAGAAGUACCAUAUGAAGUUUUGCGGCCUUGAAGACAUCGCUUACAAGUAA